AUGGAAGAGGCAGGGGUUUUGGAUGUUGGCUUUUCAGGAGCUAGUUUCACGUGGUCUAAUAAUCGGAGAGGUAGAGCUCGGGUUUCAAAGAGAUUGGAUAGAUUUUUAAUUAAUGGGUCUUGUUUGGAUCUCUCAGACGUGAUUUCUGUACUCCAUUUGCCAAGACAUCCCUCGGAUCAUGCACCAUUGAAAAUUACUUUUUCUGAUCGAUCAGACAAUAGUCCACGACCUUUCAGAUUUUUGAAUGUCUGGACAAGCAAACCAGAACUAUUGGAUGUGAUUCGACAGGCUUGGAAUCAAGAUGUGAGUAGAUCUCCGCUACGUGUUUUGUGCUCUAAAUUAUUGGCAAUGAGGAGGGCUAUUCAUACAUGGAACAAGCAACAUUUUGGGAAUAUAUUUGAUGUUGUAUGUUCUGCGGAAGUGGUGGUCAAACAAGCAGAAGAAUCGAUGGAUCAAUAUGCAUCGGAGGAACUUCAGGUUGAGCUCAGUAAGGCUCAGGCAGAGUUGCGGAAUGCAUUGUUAAUAGAAGAGCAAUUUUGGAGCCAAAAAGCCAGGGCAAAAUGGCUUAAACAGGGAGAUCGCAAUUCAAAGUAUUUCCAUGCGGUUAACGGAAUUUGGGUGGACACCAAUGCUGAUAUAGCAACUGAGGCCAUAUCAUAUUUCUCUAAUCUCUUCACUGGCUAUCUUGAGUCAUCUUCUGAUAUGCGACAUAUGAUUCUGCACAUGAUAUCGGAAGAGGAAAAUAGAAAAUUGGAAGAAGUGCCUUCGAUUGAAGAGAUUCAUCGAGUCCUGAAGUCAAUGGAUGGGGAUAGUGCUGCUGGCCCCAAUGGCUUCACAG